UUCAUGUAUAUUGAUAAUGUAUUUCUUUCUCAAAUGCUGGAGUUAUCGCUCUUGCGAUACACUCGAGCUUAAUUUCAAUAGCAUCUUCUUAUAUGGUAAGCUAUGUGAGUGCGGAUGGAUAGAACCAAUAGAAUCGUGUCGCGGGAAACUGAAGGUGCGUCUCUUUAGAGAUAGCGUGGGUUCGCCACUUUCUUUCAGGACGCCGGACAAUUAACUCGUUGGAAAUUUUUCUACGAAUUUUAUUCGAUUUUAAGCGUAGCCUAUCCACCAUUUAUAAUCAUGCCACCUAAGAGAAAAUCAACUAAAGCUAGAGCAGUACCAAUCCCUGUCUCCAAACACAACAAAAGACGACGGGUACAUGGAUCAAAUACGGAACCGGUGGCGACAGCUACUGUAACACCUCUUUCCCCUGACGACCUGGAAACUAUCACAAGACAAGUUACGCAGCGGGUCACAGCGACAAUAAGAGAGGAGUUGUCAACACUCAUUAGCAACGUGACCAGCACCACAGCCAAUAGUCAGGGGAGUAUUAGUAAUAAUACUGUGGGGGCUCCCGUCAUUACUAAUCCAAACUUAACUAAUUCUGUUACUUGUGGGCAAGAUUCGGCUGCUGCAUGUGCACCCAAUGACCAAGCUAUUCAACAGUCGGUUGAAGCCUUGGUCAUUAACCAUACUGAAAAAAUAGCAGGUAAGAGUCCCAGUGGUUUUGUCAGUACGGCAGUUCCAAUAGAUGCUAGGGUGUCUGAUCAACUCAAAUCCAAAAUUUGGUCAAACCAGUAUAUUGACUUCUUAAAACUCCUGUCUAAGGACAAACAAAAGAAAGGUAAGUUUUCUCUACAAGUGGAAGAUGGUGACAGUCCCGGUAAGUUGACAAUCCACCAGGUGGACAACGAUUCAUUAAAUGACACAUCUGUCUCUUCCAUGCAUGACUGGCUUACAGCAUGGAACAGAUUUUCAGCAAUUUAUUGCAUGAAAUAUCCCGAUCAACAAGCCAAAUUGGCAAAGCAUUUAGAAGCUGUCAGGGAAAUAGCAGAUGCAAAAGGUAAUUGGAAAGAUUAUGAUCGGGACUUUAGAACACUAGUCGCCCAGGGACAAGUUGCCUGGGGGGAUGUCCACAUGGAGCUGUAUGUCAACGCCAGACUGACAACAAGCCAGACAACAAAACAAAGUAAAGGUAGUAAAGACGUACAGUAUAAAUCAAUUCCCAAAGGUGCCUGCUUCCAAUAUCAUUCAGGUAAACACUGUCAGGCUGGAAUGUCCUGUCGUUUUCAGCAUAGAUGCUAUAACUGUUCUGGGGCUCACCCAUUUGUUCACUGGACAAAACCAACUAAGCAUCCCUUUCGUGUCAUGCAAUAAUACCAAAACCAAACAAGCAAUACAAAUAAACAAGCUACCCAAACAAAAACAAACUCAUCUUCCAAACAAGGGCCCUACGCCAAUCAAGGCAAAUAGACUUGCUCACUGGUUAUCUGGUUAUGAUGAAUAUGAAACUAAAUAUUUAAUUGAUGGUUUUGCAAAUGGGUUUUAUUUAGGAUUCGAAGGAGAAUGUCCGGGAAUAGAAUCUAAGAAUUUGAAUUCUGCACUCGCAAAACCUGAAAUUAUUAAUCAAAAAAUACAAAAAGAAAUUGUGGCAGGUAGGGUCCGAGGCCCCUUUGAAAGUAAGCCUAUCCCUAAUAUACAAUGUUCACCAUUAGGUUUAGUGGAAAAGAAAGAUCCAGGGGAAUAUAGAAUGAUUCAUCACUUAUCAUAUCCCGAUAACCAUUCAAUUAAUGAUGGCAUACCACCUGAUGAGUCAUUUGUUCAAUACUCAUCUAUUUUAGACGCUAUUCAGUUUAUUAAACAAUGUGGGGAAGGCGCAUUCUGCUGUAAAACAUAUAUUACAUGUAAGUCAGCAUUUCGAAUAAUUAACCUACACCAUACACAGUUCAAAUUUGUUGGGUUUAAAUGGGAAAACAAAUACUAUUUUGAUACCUGUCUGCAGUUUGGUUUAAGUUCAUCUUGAAAAAUAUUUGAACGAUUCUCAACAGCUUUGCAAUGGAUUGCGCAAAAUAAACUUGGGAUAUCUUGCAUUUCACAUGUUUUGGACGACUUUAUUAUUGUAGACAAAUCACCUACACAAUGUGUCGACAAGCUCAAAACUUUUCUAGCUAUGUGUACAGAUAUUGGGGUGCCUAUUUCACUUGAAAAAACAUGUGGUCCAAAACAGGUGAUAACAUAUCUGGGUUAUGAAUUAGAUUCAACUAAAAUGGAAUGUAGAAUUCCAGAAGACAGAAUUUUCAAGUGUGUUGAUAAGAUUCAGUUUGCUUUGAAACAGACUAAGUUAGCAUUAAAAGAACUGCAGUCAAUUAUAGGCUUAUUGAAUUUUACUUGUAAUGUAGUGUUGCCAGGUAGAGCCUUCUUAAGAAGACUUAUAGAUUUGACCAUUGGAAUCAAAAAGCAAUAUUACAGAAUUCGGAUGACAAGGGAAGUUAAGGAGGAUCUGAAUGUUUGGUUAGAUUUUCUUUCCAAUUUCAAUGGUUCUUCAAUGUUUCUCCCUGAUAGAUGGAUAAGUUCAAGUGAAUUAAAGUUAUAUACUGAUGCAUCAGGUGUUGUUGGAUAUGCUGCAGUGUUUGGUAGUCAGUGGUUUAAAGGAGAAUGGAAUAGUAGUUGGCAGUACCAAAACAUAGCAGUCUUAGAAUUGUACCCUAUAGUCCUGGCAGUACAAAUCUGGUCGAAAUUUAUGAGUAACAAAUGCAUUAUGUUCAACACCGACAACCAAGCACUGGUACAUGUCAUUAAUAAACAAACAUCUAAAGAUAAGCAUAUCAUGUUUCUUUUGAGAAAACUUGUAUUGACAUGCUUAAAAUAUAACAUUUAUUUCAAAGCAAAGCAUUUGACUUCAAAAGAAAAUUUACUAUGUGAUUGUCUUUCUCGUUCCAAGGUAAAUCAGUUCUUAC